AGGUUCAUAGGCAAAGGAGUUGGCGCAGUCGCGGCACUGACAUAGGCUCUCUACCUGCUUCGCAGAGUGUGUGUAAUAAUGGCCUGGAAAUCAGGAGGAGCCAGCCACGCAGAGCUUGUAAACAACCUUCGCAAAAAUGGGAUCAUCAAGUCAGACAAGGUCUAUGAAGUCAUGUUGGCCACAGACCGAGGCCAUUUCUCCAGAAGCAACCCCUACAUGGACUCCCCACAGUCAAUAGGCUAUCAAGCAACCAUCAGUGCGCCACACAUGCACGCCUAUGCGUUGGAGCUACUGCACGAUCAGCUGUAUGAUGGGGCCAAAGCUCUGGAUGUUGGGUCUGGCAGUGGAAUCCUAUCUGCAUGCUUCGCACGAAUGGUAGGUCCCAAAGGCAAGGUGAUAGGAAUUGACCACAUCAAGGAACUGGUAGAUGAUUCUAUUAACAAUGUAAAGAAAGAUGACCCCAGCUUGAUAACAUCUGGUCGAGUCAAACUAAUAGUGGGAGACGGGCGGAUGGGCCAUCCAGAGGAGGCGCCUUAUGAUGCCAUCCACGUGGGCGCGGCAGCACCCAACGUGCCACAAGCACUCCUGGACCAGCUGAAGCCAGGCGGCAGGCUGAUUCUGCCCGUGGGGCCGGCCGGAGGGAACCAGAUGCUGGAGCAGUACGACAAGCUGGAGGACGGCAGCACCAAGAUGAAGCCCCUGAUGGGGGUGAUUUACGUGCCUUUAACAGACAAAGAAAAGCAGUGGUCCAGGGAUGAACUUUGAGGCGACAGACUGUCCAUAUUCCACAUAUCAAUGUGAACCUGGAGGAGACUACUUUGGGUUUCAACAACAGCCAUUGGAUUUCUUUGAAAACAAACCAUGGUGAUUUAGUUUUUUCUCCUUUAACUCUACCUAGAGUAUCAUGCUGAGGAAUAACCCCUGAGGUCGGAAUAACGACUGCUGGAGAUUGAACAGAAGAAUGUGUCGGGGGUUGUUUAAAAAAUAUAUAUAUAUUUGCCUGCAUUCUUUUGGUUGUGAAUUUUCCUUUUGAUUUGCUGCAAGAUUGAGUUUUUGUGGUUACAUCUUGAUUUGCAAUCAACCAUUUCUACAAUAAUGCAUUUCAGCUCCAAACAAAGCUGAGUGUAAAGAGGUUGCCAAACUGUUCUGAUGAGGAAAGCCUGAGUUGAAGAGAUUAUUCAGCCACUUACUUUGAGUGCAUCUGAAGAUCUGACUAGAUAUCUGUACUGCUGCUCUGCUAACAUAUAUCAGCGUCGUCGCCUAAUAGGAAGUGAAUGGGCAAUGAUGUAUUGGGUUAUUUAUGAGUCACUUUUAUUGUAAGUAAGAAUAGAAGAUUUUUCUGAACAAUUCUACAUUCAUGUGGAUGUUAUGGGUGAUCUUGAAUAGUGAUGAGUGAGAAGGUUACAGGUACAAAGACCCCCCCCCCCUAAAUUAUAACCUCUUAUUGGUGAUGGUGAGAGAUUAGCAUGUUUUGUUGCAGCCUUUGUAACCUUCUCACUCAUUCAUGAUUCAUUCAUGAUUUUUCUUAAUCAUGGCAUUAUCAGGAUUAAUUUAGAAGGGUUCAGAAACAUCUUCAUUACUCACUUCGAAAGAAAAUUACAUUCUUCAUUCAGUUUCUAUUGGGCAAAACAUAACCAAAACAACCUGCAAAUGCAUCACAGGUUUGUCACAAGCUUGAUGUAGUCAAGCGUUAGGAAUAAUACUCAACUUUUGACUAUUUUAAUACACUAUAAGUCCAUUUGUCCAAAUACUUAUGACUUCUUCAAAUGGGGGACAAGAUACAUAGUGCUUUCCUUUCUAAACUAGUAAAACAAAUAUGAAAACACCCUAAAAUAAACAGUGACAUUCUAUAAUGUUGCCUCAUAUGAAACAUUUGAUCUCAGAUCCAAAAUGCUGAAGUACAGAGCCACAUUUAAAAUGUUAGUUUCACUGUCCAAAUACAUAUGGGAGUGAGUGUGUAUAUACACGUGCACACGUUCAGGGUUGUCCUUUCCCCUAUGAUUUAUCGUGUGCUGCCUCUGGUGUCCAUGACAAGACUGUGCAAGCUUUACUGAUUACCGACACUAAACAAAGCAGAGCCAUACAUACAUAUAUAUAUAUUAUAUAUAUGUGUGAGUGUGAAACAAGGUAGCCGGUGCUUUGCCAAAAUACAUUUUAAUGCAAAGCGAUUGAAUGAGCUAUGGCUUUCACAAUUUCUGGAAUGGCAAAAAUGAAAAUAAAAAGAUGCUUAUGUUUUUGUG